UUUGUGUUCGCGGACGUUCCGCAUUUAAUUAAAUAAUUAAGAAACCAAUUCCUUGACCACGGAUAUGUCGUUGAUGGAAAAAUAGUAAAAAGGACAUAAUAUUAGAGCUGAUGUCAUGCACCUCUAUAGACCUAAGCAUCACACAUAAGAUCACCGCUAGCCAUCUCAACGUAUCUGGACCUCAUAGGCAGAAAGUCAAAACGGCCACAUAGCUAGCGCAAGCAAUCACAAGAGCUGGAAGCUUGGGGCACUUGAGUGGACACAAUUGGCAAGAGUGCUUCCAAUUGUUUAAAAAUGUAUAAGCUAUACACGUAGUAUGAGCAAUCAUAUAUCUGUGUAAUAAUCACUUAUACUUUUUAGACGAAUGAUUGGUUCGACGUGGUCAGGGUACCUCAUGCUGAUUCUAAGGUGCGGCGUCACGGGUAUGGCCUUGCAAUCGAUGUUCAAAACCAAAUAUUGGACGAAAUGUCAGAACCGGUGGGGAAUAUGAGAGUCGUUGGAAAAAAUGGACUAUUACCAGUAUAAUGGUAUAUCACAGUUUUAAUUAUGACUCAUAUUUUAAAUAAUCUAUAUAUACAUAUGCUUGUGAUUAAUUUUAGGAAUUAUACAGUCAAAUUAAGCCGUAAAAAUGUUGCUUUCCAGCCUUAAGCGACGAUUGGGUACGUGUCAUUUAAACCAGGAUGUACUUGAAAAUUUAUUUGGAGUUAUACGCGCUAAAGGUGGUUUGCACGACCACCCCGACCAACAGGAAUUUAAAUAUCGGCUCAGAACAUACAUUCUUGCGUGCAAUGAGGGCGCAAUUUCUACGGGAGGGAAUGUCGAGGUUGAUGAUACCAGAACCAUCUCAGCCUACUCUUACAGGUACGAUAUUGCGACCCAUGAUACUUCCAUUGGAAGAAAUUGAACUGAGGGAGUUUACUGAUCCAGAAUAUGACGGUCUAGAAAAUGUAGCCGGAUAUAUAUGUUACAGACUACGUGAUGAAUUUCCUACCUCGUCCUUCGAAACUAGCGACGACCCAUCACUCUCAUGGGUGAACCUCUUAAGUGAUGGUGGUUUAUCACUUCCAAGCGCCCAACUUUAGUCAAUAUUUGUAGCAGUUAAUGGUGUCGGCCGCUGUGGUGUAGUGGUAAGCAGUGCGAGUUUCCACUCCGCAACGCCUGGGUUCAAACCCUGG